AUGCAUGCUUUGAGGGACUGUUCCAUUUGUGCUCAGGUUUGGAAGAAUGUGGUUCCUAGUGACAUGCUUGUGGAAUUUUUUACAGCUGAUCAAGAUAAGUGGAUCAAGAUGAAUCUCAAUUACCGUGCCAAUGCUAACUCAAACUGGAGCAAUAUUUGGAUUACCGCUUGCCAUGCACUUUGGACGUGGCGCAAUCUUGAAGAACAUAAUGAGGACUACAAGAGACCUUUAGAUCCUAUUGUACACAUUUUGAGGAGAGGAAAAGAAUAUUCGCAAGCUGUAAAUCUUUUCAAAAUAGUUAGAAUUGAUUAUAGUGCUAAGAAUCUUAUUUGUUGGAAACCUCUCACUAAAAAUAUGAUCAAAUUGAAUAUUGAUGGUGCUAGUAACUCUGAUAAACUGGGAGUGUCAGAAGGUUUACACCUUUUGAAAAAAUUAGGAUAUGCGCAAGUGGAAAUUAACGUCGAUUCUAUGAUUGUUGUUAAAGCUAUCGAAGAAGGAAAGGUGGACUGUCUGGCAAAGCAUAGUCUCGUUGAUAGGAAGCUUGUUAUUUACAAGGAGGCACCUCAAUAUGUGAGACAACUUUUAGAUCUAGAUGAUGCUGGGAUUGUUACUCCCACUGUGUUUUUUGAGUAG